GCGCGACCUUUGCGCCUCGGCUCUUUCCUCGCGCGUUGUUCCCGCCGACGUUUCGCGCUCGCGCCUCCCCGUGCCUCGCGCACUCGCGCCGAAGUACGACUUUGGCCCGCGAGCGAGGGUUCGUCGCGCGAGUAUCCGUCGGCACGUAGGAUGCGCGGCUUCUCCUUAGCAUCGGUCAACAAUUCCCCCUCGCCGGAGCGGAGUGUAUACAUGAUAACGACGCGCCGACGGGCCCGCUGAUUUUCGCGCCGGAUUCGUUUAGUCCCGGCCACGUUAACCCUCUCGUCGCGGGCGCAAUCGGGGCUGGAAAACUGCUACCGCGGGACGAGGCGGCCGCCAGUCCCUUAUAGUCUCCGUAGGAAUUGUUGCUUAAGUCAACGAACAAGUAGACGGCACCGAGGAUUUGUCUCAUUAGAGGAUAGACCGUAAUUGCGGGAUUCGGUUUUCUUCAAAAUUCACGGGCCGAGUGUCGAGAAGAAAAAAAAUUCCCGUUACACGAUCUCUUUGGGAAAAUGGAGCUGUCGUCUGAAAUGCUGGAGAGCUUGGUCAUGGAUAACAAGGACAUUAUGGAGGUGUUGAAAGACGGAAAUGUCAAGCAGAACAUUAUAUUCGAAUCUGAGGUGACCGAGGAUUCCGAGGAGGCGGAAAUAGAGGAGAUCAUAGAGAUAAUUGAGGAGGUUGAGGAGGAGGGUGACGAGACACCGCCAGAUGGCGAUAUCUCGGAUAAGGACAAGUCGGUGGAUGCGGAGGACGUUGAAGUGAUUGAGAAGACAAGGAGAAGUGACAAGGCGACCGAGAAGAACUUGGAGCUUUACAGCUUCGACGAGGAGAGCUCGAUGUUUACGUCGCAGUUAGAAAAGGAGCCAGCCAAGAAUGUCAAGAAUAGCGCGCAGAAAAUCGUUAAGAAACAAGUUAUAAACUACGACGUCGACGAGGAUUGGCAGGACGAGGAGCUGGAGCGCGCGGACGGGUCGGACAAUAAUUCCGAAAUGACGGAUAGUCGCGCGAGCUCUUUGCGGACGCAGACUGACAAGAAGCAUGUAAAUAAUCAAACUGUCGCGCUGAAAUCAACCAAAGUAGAUUUAAAGAUCCACCUGGAUUCUGCGGGAAAAGCGGACAAGGCUCGAGUGGACGGGGCCGGGAACAAAGUAAAUAACGUCGAGGAGGACGACAGCGAGUCGACUCAGGAGAUAGUGAAGAAUACGGAGAACAAUUUGUUGUACACCGUGCUUGGAACAAAGAAGCAAGACUCUGCCACUAAGCAAGAAAAGCUCAGCGACCACUACGUUAGAAUGGAAAGACUUGAGGCAAAUACUGUACCGGUUGAAGGUACUAUUUAUUAUGAAGGCGACAACAUGGAGACGUUGUAUGUAGCGCAAGCCAUCGACGACAAUGAACAGUAUCAAUACGAUAACACGACGAUGGAGCAGGACGAGCAAGUGUCUUGGGAGACAGCAAAUCCUGAGGCUAAUCAAAAUCAAGAGGAGGACAGUUCUCAAGAUCAAAUAUUUUUGCACGAGGACGAGGACGGUCAAUUGUACUUCAAGGAUGCUAACGGCAUUCUGCAACCGGUAUAUCUAACCGAGGACGGAAAUUAUGCGAUUACGGGAAACAACGACGACACUACCGCCAAUAAAGAAACUAAAUCGCAUCAAAACAGCAGCGGAAUCGAAGAGGACACAUUCAUUUUACCCGAUUUAGAACCGAAGUCGUCUUCUAAUAAACAGACAACUAGUAAUGCGGUGUCGUCGUCGUCGUCGCUUCAAGAUUUCGACAAUGAGGACAAUACAGUGACCAUAUCGUUGAUAAUAUCGGAGGAUGAGCAUGGGCAAAAGAGAACUCAAGUCAUUAUACCAACGACAGACAGUCUGAAGUGCGACAUUUGUAAUAAAAGCUUCAAAACGUCUUUCCAGUUACUCAGGCACAACAGACUAAAGCACGCUCGUGAGGAGGAUAUAACCACGAGAAACUUCCCUUGCGAUUCGUGUCCUAAAAGGUAUCCGGAUCAGGGUUCGCUCGCCCGCCACCGGAAAACUCACACCGGCGAUCGACCGUUCCAGUGCUUGGAAUGCCACAAAAAUUUCCCCACGUCCACGGCGCUGCGCCGUCACUUGACGCUACACAACUCUCAAUCACGACCGCUGCCCUGCAUUUACUGCGGUCGGCGGUUCAUGGAUAAGACUAGUCUAGCGAAGCACGAGGAGUCGCAUAUGCCUAACGAGCAACGCAAGUACACGUGCGAUAUAUGUCAGAAGACCUUCCACCACAUAACGGAUCUUAGUAUGCACAAGAAGCACCACGAUCCUGACAAGAAGUUCGAUUGCGAGGUGUGCGGUCGCGAGUUUAACAGGCUGAACAAUCUGCAGAGACACAUGCUGGUACAUCAGCAACAGCAGCAGGGCGGCAAUGAGGAGAUACUUUCCUGCGACGUGUGCGGAAUCACGUACAAAUUUAUGAGCUCGUUAACGAGGCACAUGGUGACCACGCAUAUGAAUCCCGAGAAGCUGCGACAGCAGGCGGAGGAGCAGCGGAGAAAGCGCGAGAACAACUAUCGGAAGUAUCUAGAAAACCGAAAGAUGUACGAAACUCAGAAUUAUGGUACAAAACGUACAAAAUAUAACUUACUCGCCGGAGAUAACGACGAAACAGCCUGACUUAAAUUUCCUUGUUUCCUGGCAGUUUCGUAGGAGCACAACAGUAAGAUUGUAACUUCUGUGAGAAUACUAAUGAAUGUUGGUAACAUAUUUGUAUCAUUGAUAAGAUAAUAUGCAUUUAAUUUAAUAAGUAUAUCAGCAACAUAUUAACUGAGAAAUACAUGUAGGUGUCUUGAUUAGUACAUAAUUAUAUUAUUGAUUAUAAAAUGAUAUAUGAUGUGACAAUGUAUCAUAAGCCAUAAACGACGUAUACACAUAUGUGCACAUACAAUCGUGGUCAUUGCGAGAGAUUUAUAGAGCUUUUGCUCACGGAUAUGUGCAGUGAUGCAUUAUUAGAGCAAAGGAAUGAUAUGUACGAAUAUCUGUGCAAUGAUACAUACGAAUAUUCUGAAAAACUUAUUGUAAAACGUUGGGCAACCUUUCUGACCAUGACCGUACAGAUAUGUAUGUAGAAAGGGAAAAAGAAAGGUAUAGAUUUCCUUAGUCUCGUGCAUGCACCAAAUGACUUGAAAAUAAAAUCGUCUGUACACCUUUUGA